AUGGGGAAAAUCAAUCAGCCUAACACACAGAUCAAAUUAACCAAUGUUUCUGUCGUGCGAAUGAAGAAAGGCAAGAAGAGAUUUGAACUCGCCUGUUACCAGAAUAAGGUGCAUGAUUUCAAGUCGGGCGUUGAGAAGAACAUAGAUGAUGUGUUACAGAUUAAUCAAGUUUUUAUGAAUGUUUCCAAGGGACAAGUUGCAUCUAGUGAGGAUCUCAAGGCUGCGUUCAAUACGACGGACAUUGACAGUAUAGUUCAAGAGAUUUUGAAAAAGGGUGAAAUUCAACUAAGUGAAAAGGAGAGAGCACAGCAGAAUGAAAAAUUACACAAUGAGAUAUUGAGCAUAAUAUCUGCAAAAUGUAUCAAUCCGAAAAGUAAAAAAAGGUACCCUCCCACAAUGAUAGAUAAGGCUUUGAAGGAGUUGAAAUUCAAUUUUGUCAACGCUCGGAGCGGGAAAUCGAAAGCUUUAGAAGCCAUUAAACUACUCGUAGAAAAGCAAGUGAUUCCUAUAGCAAGAGCGAAGAUGCGGGUCCAAUUACGUAUGAGUGACAAAGAGUACAAAAAGAUUAGCACAGAGUUUCAGGCCGAAUUCGUUUCAGUGCUAGAGUCAGAGGAUUUGAAAGAUGAUGUGAUUGAUCUUGUUUUUCUAGUCGAGCCUGAAAACUACAAACAGUUGGUUGAAAAGUCUAAACAGAUCAACGGGAAGCUCGAACUACUUGACACUGCGGUCAUUCAGGAAGGUGAGACCAAGUUAUAG